AUGUCCAACUAUUUAGGAAAGGGAGUCCCCACGAAUGGUUCUGUCUACGUUUGUAACUUGCCUUUUGGAACCGAUGAGAAUAUGUUAGCUGAACACUUUGGUACCAUUGGCUUGCUAAAGAAAGAUAAACGAACGGGGAGUCCCAAGAUAUGGUUAUACCGUGACAAAGUGACGAAUGAGCCGAAAGGAGAUGCUACUGUCACAUAUGAGGACCCACAUGCUGCAUUAGCUGCUGUUGAAUGGUUCAACAAUAAAGAUUUUCAUGGAGCCACAAUUGGAGUCUUUCUCGCCGAGUCAAAGAGCAAAGGUGACCCAGGGAAUCAUGCUGGCGAUCAAAUUCUUGGAAGUGAUCUUAGUGGGCUGGAGGAAGGAGCUAGUGAUGUGAAUGAUGGGGGUGGAAGAGGUAAAGGGCUAGGCGAUGCUUCGGGGAAGCCAUGGCAACAAGAGGGUGAUUGGCAGUGUCCGAAUACAAGCUGUUCCAAUGUAAACUUUGCGUUCCGAGGUGCGUGUAACCGUUGUGGAACUGCCCGUCCUGCUGGUGCCUCUGGUGGCGGUUCAGGGGGUGGUGGCCGAGGAAGGGGCCGCGGUGGCCAGGAUUUGGGAGGCAAUACUCGUGCAGUUGGUGCUACUGGUGGAGGGCUUUUUGGUCCAAAUGAUUGGCCUUGUCCAAUGUGUGGCAACAUUAACUGGGCAAAGCGCAUGAAAUGCAACAUCUGCAACACGAAUAAACCUGGUCAUACUGAGGGCGGUGUGAGAGGAGGACGUGGUGGAGGCUACAAAGAACUUGAUGAAGAAGAAAUAGAAGAGACUAGGAGGCGCAGAAGAGAGGCUGAAGAAGAUGAUGGUGAAAUGUAUGAUGAGUUUGGCAAUCUUAAGAAAAAAUUCCGUGCGAAAACACAGCAAGCUGGAGUGACUAUUGGCACUCCUGGCGUUGGGCGUGUGGGAUGGGAGGUUGAGGAACUCGGCACAGUUGACAGGGAUAAAAGAGAGAGAAGUAAAGACAGGGGAAGGGAGCGAGACGAUAGGGAGAGGGAUAGGCACCGGAGUAGGAGCAGGGAACGGGAUAGACAGAGAGAUAGAGAUCGUGGUUACGACUACGAUCGAAAUAGAGAAUAUGGACGGGAGCGAGAUCGUGACAGGGACCGCAACAGGUAUCGCAUUUGA